GUAGAAGUAGUAUGAAACACAUAUUUUGAAAUCUUUGAAAGCUCCAAGUUAUAAGGUUAACCAAAGAUCGAUCAAUUGACACAAGCAAAAUGACAUGCAUUCAAUCUAACUUCGUAGUGAAAUUGAAACUAAUAAUUUCCUACUCUCAUUGUAAUUUCGGAACUUAAAUACAUAUACCAAAAAAUUUGAAAUAUAGCAGAGCUUUGACAUUUAAAGCUCAAUUUGAAAAUGUGCUAUGCUAGAAUUUUGAAAAUUUUGGCAUCGCCUUUGCUGGAAUUCAUCAAUCCAUCCAAUCAUACAUACGUUAAAAACCAUAAUAAGGACAAUGCAUCUCAUUUCUAACUAUACAACCACCAUUCAUCCAUAAAAAUCGAUUGUGCCUAGCAUAGACCGAAAAUAGCAAAAAAUUCUCCUACCAAUAUCAUGCAAUUUUAAACUUUGAAAUCCUCGAUCGAAGUCCUAAAUUCAUGGUUCAAGCUCCUAAAUUCAUUUGAAGAUCAUGGGUACUUGGAUUGAAGAAAAUUGUGGAAAAAUCAGAGAAAAAUCAAAGACCGAAGAGGGACAACGGCGACGGUGUUGCGGCAGGUAUAUCUGUCGGGGAUUCUCUGAUGGUUUUUUAUUUAUUUUCAUUUAAUGAUAUUUAUUUAGUAGGUGGUGGGUAUGUUGUAUCCCGAAUGUGAGGACAAAAUUUUGAGUUUUGGAGAUGAAAUUGGUGAUUUAAAGUUGAAGUAUUUGGGAGGAAUUUGAAUUCUAGAGAGAAGGGAAAGGAUUUUCGAAUAAGAUGGAGAGGGGAAAGUGAAAAUAUGGGCUGAGUGGGGUGGGAUGGUAUGGCAAAAAAUGGUCAUUUAUAGGGGUAGGAGUAGCAAAGUUGGUGGCCGAUGUGGCUGCCUCUCGCGUUCUACUUUUGCAUUCCAACAUUUUUGGGUUAGAACACUUAUCUCGAUGGUACAAAAGUUGGUUUCGUACUAUUUUCAUGUCUUAUAAUCCUCCAUUCUCGUUAUAAGAUUGAAUUUUUCUCCAAAUGUAACACUACCCAAAGGAUACAAUGUUUCCCUCCAAUGAGUAACUCAAAAUUUCAAGCCAAAAGCAAACUAUGAAAUUAAAAAUAAUCCAGGAAAGAAAAUUUUGGGUUGUCUCCGCAGAAGCACUUUUAUUUAAAGUCAUUAAUUUUGAUGCCAGACAUGGAUUGCCUCCCUUGGAGUGCUCUCUCUUUGUUGGGCUCGGUUGUUUGGCUCACAAUCAACUCCCCCUCUGAAUUUUGGCAUGAUUUGUUGGUGAUGGGUUGGGCCGCCAGUGGAUCGCCGAUCCCCUUUAUCUUCUUCAAAUGGGCUGAUUUUUGGUGGAUAGCUUCAUCUUGGGUUUAGUGGGUUGCUCCUCAAAUUUCAGCUCGUUUGGACUUAAUUUGAUCCGUCUGCACUUCAAAAUAUUAUUCUCUUGUCCAUAAAAUGAGCAUUCGGUGUCAGAAUCCAUCAUUCUUUGAUCCCAUGAGCUUGUUUUUCAUCUUGAUAUGAACUCAAUUCCAUCAUUGUACAAGCUCCAAUUGAUCGCUCAAAGAUCGGAUCCAGUUGAUAAGAAACAAGCUGUAAAAUGUCCAAGUGUUGGAACAGUUCUGGGAAGCAUACUUUGGAGGUUGGUUAUCUCAAAUGGCUAAGUGAAAAUGCAAGUUUGAGGGUUUGUUUGAAGAUUGGAUGCUCCUAUACAACUCGGUUCAUUUGGAUUGUCGAGGGGAUGCCAGGAAGGUCGUUUUUCAAAGCAAUCAAAAACCUAUCCUGCAACCUGAAAUCUGCUAGAAUUUGGCUAAGGCAGAAACAGAGUUUUUGGGACCAACUUUGGGGACUAUUCGUGGAGUUUGGUAUGCAACCAAUUGGUGAUUUGAGUUGGAUAUAAAACUAUGAAACUUUCUAAGCCUAGGAAAGGAAUUGGCUUCCUUCAAAUGAACCCAAAAGACCAUGUUCCAGAAGCAUGAAGUUAGUACGAAGAUUGCUUUUUUAGACAGAUUGCUUGGCCGAGGAGGAUGAUGCUUGGAGCGCAAGUUACCGAGUUUUAGUUUGUUUUUCUUUCCUUAUUUAGUUCUAAUUCGUGUCAUUGUUGAUUUAGGAUUGUAAUUAGGAUUAUAUGGCUAUAAACAACAUCACUUUGAUUUGUAGAAAACACGUUUGAAGUUGAUUGAAUAAACCUUACUCCGAGGAGUUUCCCUUGAGCUCAAGUGCUUAUGUUUGGUCUUGGAUUAUGAUCCUAGACUUGCAGACCUCGAGAUAAAUUCUCUCAUCAUUGAUCUCGUGGUGUUUCUCUACCCAAACCAGCCUCUUCCCCUACGAGUUGAAGUUGCUAGCUUGGCCUUUUUCGAUCACCCAAAUCCGCCUCUAUUUUCGCCACAAAAUCAUCAUCUUUCCAACCUAAUCACCCUAGCUGCGCGAUUCUGACCAGAGCCCCAACUAGGGAUGGCAACAAAACCCGAACCCACGGGUAUCCACCCGACCCAACCCGGUCAACGUGGGUAAAAUCCGUGUUGACGGGUUUUGGACCGGGUUUGGGUUUAAACACGUUCACUAUUCACCGGGUUGGGUUGAGUUUGGGUUUAGGUAAACCCGAACCAUGGGUACCCGCCCACACCCAUAUAAUUAAUUUUCUUGGUAUAUUUAAUAUUCUAAACAACUAAUCUUAUUUAUGUUUGUGGAGACAUGUCUAAUUUUUUCUUUAUAAUUUUGUAGAAUGAAGUUGAUGAUAUCGAGUGGAGAGUGAAGAAACUUAAUUGAAAGAAAGAAGCUUUCAAUUAAUCAUGUUAUUUAUGAAUAAUUUGUGCUUCAAUUUUCUUGAGUUUUCUAGAUUGGUGUUGAACAAUUUGUAUAGUUAAUUUGUGAUUUGCUUGAAUUUUCUAGAGUAGUGUUUUAAAUAUGGAUAAUUUGUAUUGAGAGAUUGAUAUUUGACUUUAAUUUUGAUAGGAACUUGUUAUUGUAAAUUUUUUACGACAAAACCCGUGGGUACCCAUGAACCCGCGGAUACCCAGCGGGUUGGGUUGGGUUUGAGUUUUCAAACCCAGUGGGUUUUACCCCAGAUUUUUUUCACGGAUAAACCCAUGGAUUUGGGUUUGGGUUUGACAAAACCCGACCCAACCCGACCCAUUGACAUCCCUAGCCCCAACCUUGGGCUCAUCACAACUUCCUUCUUAUCCAUAUUGUCUUAAGUGCAUUAUAUCCAUGAAAUAACAUCAAGAGGCAUAAAAUAGUACAAAAACUCACUCACGGUCUAUCAUAAGCUCAUAUAUCAAAUAGUUAAGAAUUUCAUAUGAAUUCUAAUAAAAAUUACUAAAGAUCCAUUGAUAGAAGGGAAAAAUAUAUCGAAUAUUGGAGUGGCAAACAUUAUAAACUGAGCGUUGUCAACUGUGUUUGACUCGAGCAAUAUUGAUUCCAUGUGGUGUUAGAUCAAGUGAUAAAACGAUGCUCACUAACCACUAACCCUGACAAUGGCCAUUAUACUGCCAGGCUUGCAGUAUAGCAGGUUGAUCAUAUUCCUCAGGGAUCGUCUAUACCCUAGCCUACUCUUAUUAAAUAUACUCUUAUCUAAUAGACAAUUGGUUGUUUUUAUUACUAAGGAAUUGUUAACACUGAAACCAGAAUAGAUAGAAUGAUACUUGGGGUAUCCUCACACUAACAUCAGGUAGAUAUGAAAUCAACAGGUAAAACAUCUAUGGUAACGUAGGUGCGGAGAUCACUAAACUGGGAAGUGGGAACCAAUGCAAUGCUCAAGCCACCGAUCCUCCUUAUGACCAUGUUCAUCGGCCCAACGUUACUUCAACCGGUUUCAAUGACUAGGGAUAGCGGCCUAUCUCCUCUAAACGGGUUCUACCCAUCCGCACACUCGGUCCUCGAGUCGAUGGUCAUGCACUCGAGUCCCAAGCAUUACCUAAGUGAGCUCCUAGUUGGCAAGGGAUGGUCAUCACGUCUACCAACUAAGACUCAAUAUCAACUAACUAAGCUAGGGGUAAUCAUUCACAUAAAAUCAAGAGCUAGCCUGAUUUGACCUAGGCUAGAUCAUGACAUACAUGCAUUCAUGCACCCACACUCAGAAAGAGGCACAUAAAAACUCUAGAUAAUCUCAAAUUAACUAUAAAUUAAUAUUACCCUAUCAAUUACAUAUCAUGCCCAAGUUAGGGUUUGGGGGACGAAGCUCCAAGUACCUUAGGAAACUACCUCGUGAAAGGAGGGAGGAAAGUCACAGAAAGAAAGGAAGAAAACAUGAAUGAUGAGCUUCUUCUUGUGCAUAGAUAUUCCUAUUCAAACUCCUCUUUCUACUCUUCCUGUUCAAGGCAACUGCUUCUCUCUCUAACUCCUCACUCUAGGGUUUGUAAAUCCAAAGGUUGUCUUAAUGAGGGGAGCAACCCUCUAUUUAUAGAAGAUUAACGACACUAAGAAGUUUGCGAUUACCAAUCAAAAGAUCGUAGCUACAAUCUCCUUCCUUGGGUCUUGACCUCGAAAUGGCGACAUGUUUGGCCGCUCGGGCGGAGAGAUCAUGGGACAAACUUCAUGCUUGCGAACUAAAAGUCAUAAGCGUGUCAUUUUUCGCGGUCUCAAAGUUAAGGACUGCGAGAUGGACCAUGAGAUCUUAUGUAAUCUUGCCACCAACUUCUCCAAGUUUGCAGCUCUAACGAUAAGAUCGCAGCCGUGAACUCAUUUUGGCUUACAUCUUCUAGGUCGUGAACUUUCACUUUUGGCCGUGAUAUUCUCUUUUCACUCUUUUUCACACUUUUCUACACUUGAUCUUGGAUUCUUUGAUAAAACACUUCAAAUCUGAAAUGUUGCCUAAAAGUCUAGAGGUGCAAAUCUGUUUGGUUUCGGUUAACCAUUAAGCAAAAAAUGCAUAUCGAUGACACGUAGAAUGAGUUAUUCUAGACCCCUCGUAUUACGACCAAAAGUGCAUUCAUUUCCUAUCAUUAUCGUCAUAAUACCUUAAAUUUGUGCUAUGAAUGCUUCAAGCAUGCUUUAGCAACCCUAGGUUCCUUUUAUAUGAUUGAUACGCUUGUUCAUUGAAUUUUCAGGUCAAAGCAAACUAGUGGAUCACUUGGUAACCCUAGGGGACUUCGAGAUCUAGUUGUUGGAACCAAGAUUCAAAAGAGAGGAAAACAUAUAGAAAUGGUGCCCUAGGAAGUGAAAAGACGCUUCUGCCGCCGUUUUAUGGAGCUCAACUAAUUUUCCAGAAAGUCACCUUGGAGCCUCAUGAUUCGCUAACCAUGUGAUUAGAGACUUCUAAUUGGCUGGAUGACGCUAGAGCUACAAGAUUCCAUCCUUAGAAAGGUCUGUUACUCUGCCGACAGAGAACCCUCCUUUCUUAGAGCCACACCAACCUUCGAGGGGGAAUCAGCACCCGAAAUGGUGAUUUUGGCCCUAUUUUCUCUACUGGUGGCGUCGAUCCCUGUGGGCUUUUGUAGUCUUCGUUUCAAUCAAUGAACACCCAAGAACCCCCUCCCCAUGGUUGGCUGGUUCUUUAGUUGCAUAGCUAUGUGAACCCUAGAUGCUUGGUUUAAUACAAUUGUUUUUUUUAUAUGUAUUGAUUUUUUCUUUAAUGUAUUUCAUUAUUUGUCAGUUCGAAUGAGCUUAGUCGACUUUCACUCCUUCGAGGUGCAAGGAUCAAAAUCCAAGUUGCUUAGGAUUAUGUCUAAAAAUGGCGGUCCUAUUUGAUCGAUCGUCAUUCGAUCAAAUGGCGUGACGCCUCAAGGGAGAAAUCCAAAGGGUCCUUAUUGCCCAUUACUUCUGGUAAAUGUUUUAACAAAAGGUUUGAUCUAACGAAAUAUAAAAUCGACAUCUUGUAUGCCACCGAUCAAUGAGGGAUGCAUGGCUAGGGGACCUAGAGGGAGCUUGGCUAUGUAACACCUUCCUUAUCCGAUCUCGAACUUGUCCAGUAGCUUAGGUUUACGUUUCUGCACUGCAUUCUUUGUUUAAUCUUAUGUUCUGCAAAAUCGGAGGCACCUCCACCUCCUAAAUCGCUCUAUUCUUUAAUAGAAUCAUACCUUGCUU